ACUUCGCUCCCCCUGCGUAACGCUCGCAGAGACAUAAUUCUCACACGUUAUUCGCCUUCUCUUUCCGUUGCUUCCACCUCUUCCUUCUGCACCCAUGGCUGCAGCUGCUGGCGAGUCCAAGGGCCCCAAUCCCUGGGAGGAAUUGCUGCGGAAAAUGCUGCCGGAAGGCGCUCCGUUGCCCGACGAGGAUCAGCUCGACUACUCCAUAUCCGUCGAUUACAUAGGCCCUUCUUCGGUUUCACGGCCGCCGACCAAUCCCAUGAUUCCAAAAACUUGUUUCAGUGCCUCUUCCAAACGUGUCCCCUCACUCAGUCCCAAGAAUUCCUCAUGGAUUAAGUCCCGCUCCAGCACCGACCCAACGAUUUCGGAGAACAAAAGGAACAGCGCCAGCUCCAUCGCUUUUGAUAUAGUGACCGAUGAUAUUAGCGACGACAGUGAAGCUGAAGCUGAGACUGUAGGUGAUCGCGACGAGUCGAACUUUUCGGACGGGAGUGAAAGUGAUGCGGAACGUGAGGUAUGCUUUCAACUUCCGCACUGUGGUUGGCACAAAGGAAGUAGUGUGUGUAUAAGAUGCGGGAAGAAGAGGGGUUUGUUAGGUCUACGAGAAGCCUGCCUCGUGUGUGGCGCGGAGUAUUGCAUGAAAUGCGUGUUGAAGGGGAUGGGUUCGAUGCCUGAGGGAAGGAAGUGCGUCGGGUGCAUCGGCAUGCCCGUUGAUGAAGCGCGCAGGGGAAGGUUGGGAAAAGGUUCGAGAGUGCUGGCGAGGCUAUGGAGUCAGUCUCAGGUGAAGGAAAUCUUGAGGGUGGAGAGAGUGUGCAGAGCCAAUCAGAUGAGGGCAGUCCAGUUAAUUGUGAACGGGAGGGAACUGAAGGAAAAGGAAUUGGAGGAAUUGUUGGAUUGUACAUUUCCUCCUAGGGAUUUGAAGCCGGGAAGAUAUUGGUAUGACAAGGAUUCUGGACUUUGGGGCAAGGAGGGGGCCAAGCCUGAUACCAUGAUCACUUCAAAAUUGGCGGUGGGAGGGAAGCUGCGAGUAGAUGCAAGCUGUGGAAAUACCAGAGUUUACAUGAAUGGCCGUGAGAUCACAAAGUUUGAGCUCAGAGUGUUGAAGAUGGCCAAUGUUGAAUGUACCCCUGGUACCCGUUUUUGGCUCUAUGAGGAUGGAUCUUAUGAGGAAGAAGGACAAAAUAACAUUAAAGGACAUAUAUGGGAAAAGGUCUCCACUCGUUUGCUUUGUUCCUUGUUUUCAUUGCCCAUACCACGUGAAACUUCACAAGGUUUAAAGGAAGAUACUGCUUGCAUUACAUCAGCAAUGUUCCAUGAAUGCUUGGAGAAGCACAGGGUCCAGACACUUCUUCUUCUUGGAUUAGAAGACUCUGGGACAAGUACUAUCUUCAAACAGGCCAAGUUCAUAUACACAAAUAAGUUCACCACUCAAGAAUUGCAGAGAAUUAAGCUCACAAUUCAAAGGAACAUCAUUAGAUAUCUAUCCAUAUUACUCAACAGGUUGGAUUGUCUUCAAGAUACGGCUCCAUUAAAGAAAGAAUUUAUUUGUCUUGCUUCUGGCAGGUCUAUUCCAGGUGAAUUGAAAUGUGAUGGAAGCGAGCAACUCAUCUAUUCUCUUAAUCAGAAAAUCAUUACUUUCUGUGAUUGGUUAUUGGAUGUAUUAACUACUGGAAAUGUAGAGACCAUCUUCCCUGCUGCUGCAAGUGAAUAUGCAGCUGUCAUUUUUGAAAUUUGGAGCAAUCCUGUCAUACAGGAAAUCUACAGUACAAUGGAGGAGUUACACCAUAUUUCGGAUGCUGCUAAAUAUUUCCUAGACCGGGUCAUUGAGAUCUCGAGCUCUGAAUAUGAACCUUCUGAGAACGACAUAUUACUUGCUGAAGGCAUAUACCCCAAAAAUGGUCUUGCAUGCAUUGAAUUCUCAUUAGAUAGUUGCAGUUCAAUGUCCAAGAUAUACAAAGAACUGAAUUUGUCUAAGAAUUCCUAUCCAGAACGGUACAAAUUGCUAAGGUUGGGCUCCAAAGGUGGCUUCAAAUGGUUAGAAAUGUUUGGCGGGAUGGGUGCUGUGGUCUUCUGUGUUGCUUUAAGUGACUAUGAUGAGGUCACUACAUGUCUUGCAGAAAACAAAAUGCUGGAAAGCCGAGAUUACUUUGAGAAUGUUGUGCGAAAUUCUUGCUUUGAUAGCUCUCCCGUUCUUCUGUUAUUGACCAAAUACGAUAUAUUCGAGGAGAAAGUUAGGCAAGUCCGCUUAACUGUUUGUGAGUGGUUUAGGGAUUUCGAUCCAUGCCCUUGCGCUUCAAAAUCUCAUAACAAAUUACACAGCUCCUCCUCCUCCUCUUCCCUGGCGCAGCAGGCAUUUCAUUACAUUGCCAUGAAGUUCAAGGAGCUGUACAGCUCCAUCACAGGGAGAAAGCUGUAUGUUUACCCGGUCCGAGGGCGUGAAAGAGGAUCAGUAGAUGAAAUGUUUAGGUACCUGAGGGAGAUUCUAAUGUGGGAUGAACAUGGAGACAUUUAUAACAUGACUGAAGAAUCAGAUUGAUUCGGUGUUCUGUUGCGCAAAUUAAAGGAGUUAACAUUUCCAGGAACAAGGCCUCUUCUGCCAAAUACAAAGUGAGCUUCAGAUCUACAUCUACCUUCUUUAUUUAUAUUCUCUUGGAUUCCCUAACUGUGUUAUUGUUCAGUCAUUUGAACAGAGAAAUUUCCUGUCAUAUAGAGAAAAGCAGAAUAGGUUUGUUCCAAAUUGAAUUCAGUAGUUGAUUAGAUAUCUCAUCAAUGGUAAUAAUUAAUCAGUUAAACUAAGCAUCCUCUAGAGGUCUUAAUUUACACUAUAGUAGUACUUGAGAAUCAAGUUAUAGUUGAGUUGGUUUGUCUCAUUGCACGACAGAGAGAGACCUGGAGGUAAGAAAGCAAAUCAAGGUCUGCUAAAAUGCAUGCAUAUAUAGUGGGAAAGCACUGUGAAUGCAUUUACUGCAACUUAUAUUGUAUGUUUAGAUUUUAUACAAUCAGCUCUUGUCUCAUCAAUC